AUGAUCGCUCUCUCAUUUCUCUUUCUCUUAUAUACACACUCUCUCUUUGUGCUUCACAAACACUCUAUUACUCCCUUUAGUCAUCUCGCUUUUCAUAUUCUCUUUAAUCUCUCCCCUCCUUUUCUCCCUAUCUCUCUCUCUCACUCUCUCUUUGUCUUUCUUGUUGUUUUAACUUUCUCACCUCUUUUUUUGACUGUUUCUCUCUUUCCGUCUCUCUCUUUAAGUAGUCUUUCUAUCUAUCUAUCUAUCUAUCUAUCUAUCUAUCUAUCUAUCUCUCUUUAUAUUAUUGUAGCCUUACCUUAUUUUAUCACGUAUUGUAUUCUUUAUUUACUUACUCUCUUUACUAUCUAUUUGACUCUCUUUCUCACCCUCUUUUUUUUUGGCUAUGUUUCUCUCUUUAACCCCCCCUUUCCGCCUCUCUGUGUUUCCCUCUCUAUACCCCUCUUUCCGCGUUACACUUUAAUUUUGUCUCUCUCUAUCCCUCUCUCUCUUUCUCUUUAUAUUAAUGAGGUGUGCUCCGUUCACUCCCCUCAGACUCUCACUCUCAUCUGUUUGACUCUCUCUGUCUUUGACUAUGUCUUUCUCUCUAUAUAUUGUUUGAGUUUAUUUCACUCGCAUACGUCUAUUUUUCUCUUUCCCUUUCACACUCUCUCUAUUUAUCUAUCUAUCUAUCUAACUAUCUAUCUACUCAUUAACCAUACUCAUUUUUUUUUCCUUUUUAGCUCCCUCAUGGUUCAAGAAAGACACAUUUAUCAGUCGACUCUCAUCUCUCAUUGGAUGGACCCUCCCACUAUCGUAAGACCAUGCCUCCCGCUAUUCCUCCCUCCUUCACUUGAUUCACCUUUAUGCGUCUUUCUCAUCCUCCGUCUUUUUGCUCCUUGUCACUUUCUUCUUUAUCCCUUCCCUUGCCUCUUCCGCCACGACAAACCCUCCCCUUUUUUUUUCGAACUCUCUCCUCUUUUCCUCUUGGAGACUGUACACCCUUCGAUCCCGUCCACCACCUCACAACUCAUCUCCCUGACAUUCACACUAGACUUCAUCGUUUCGAUCAUGACGUCUUUCAUUAAUAAACGUUUACAUUGCUUUGUCAUUUACUUCGCCUUUGAUUAUAAACGCCUUCACAUUUUAAUUUCGUUUGCGUUUUAUUUUUGUUUUUUCCUUUCUGCUUCUUUUUUAUUCAUUCACACGCGUUCACUCGCCAUACAAACGCAUCCAAUUCUUAAACCUUUCCUCUUCUCCAUCAGUUCAAUUUCUCUCUUCCUUUCUUUCUCUCUUUCUAUCUAUCUAGCCAUUUAUCUAUCUCCUCUAUUUCAUUCUUUGUUUUUCUAUCUAUCUAUCUAUCUAUCUAUCUAUGACAGUCUCCUAUCAUAG